AUGACUUCCCAAGAAGAGCCAUUUGAACAAUAUGAGGAAGAUGAUGCUGGGGAAACUUCUCUUGCCCUUUGCAGUUCAGGUAGAAAGAGGCUAUUUAGUAAAGAACUUCGAUGUAUGAUGUAUGGAUUUGGAGAUGAUCAGAAUCCAUAUACAGAAAGUGUGGACAUAAUUGAAGAUUUAGUCAUAGAAUUCAUAACUGAAAUGACUCAUAAGGCCAUGGAAAUAGGACGUACUGGUAGAGUUCAAGUGGAGGAUAUUGUAUUCCUUGUUCGUAAAGAUCCAAGGAAGUAUGCUAGAGUCAAAGAUUUGCUCACCAUGAAUGAAGAAUUGAAGAGGGCUAGAAAAGCCUUUGAUGAAAUUAAGUUUGCAGGUAAUGCCAAGACAUAG